UACCGUCAGUCCUACUUUGAGCGGUUAUUCAUUUGUGGAGUUGGCCGAGUAUUUUUGAAUGUAUUCAAAUUAUUCACUUUACUUUAGCACACGUUGCGAUGCUCAAAGUUUGUUUAUAGAUGGCGUCAUCAAUGUCCGUGGUUGCGCGUUACGUGAUAUCACAUUAUCACAUUAAACAAUACCAGUGAUUGAAGUGAUAAUAUCACAUAAUAGAUUAAAUGAAAUCUAUUCUGUGUGAUAUCUUAGAACGUUCAGGCUAUCAAAUAAAUUGACCACGAGGAAUAUAAGUAUCCAACGUUUUCUUGUUUUCUUGUUCUACUGUUGUGUCGAAUCGCUUUCGAAUUUUUACGCCAUCGCAGCAGCUGGACGCGAUGGGUAAAAUAGAACAUUUGAUCGUGGACACGGCAGGUUUCAUCAACAAGGCACCACUACAAGACUUUGGCACUAACAUUUACACUAUAAAAGAAGUGGUGCACGAAGUAACGAGUAAACGGCAAAAGGUCGAUCUAGCUGUGCUGCCAUACACAUUAAAUGUCGAAACUGUAUUUCCGGAACACGUCCAAUUUGUGAUCGACUUUUCAAAGAAGACUGGUGAUUAUCCUACUCUGUCUGUCACUGAUAUCAAAGUGAUCGCUUUAGCUUAUCAAAUACAUAAAGAAAAAUAUGGUACUGAUGGAUUGAAAACUGUUCCAGAAGCUAAAUCUGUUUUAUUAAAAAAGCCAGAGAUCAGUGACAAUACUAUUGGAUUUUAUGAUCCAGACCGUUUGUGCGAUGAUGUAUCAGAGUUAGAAAUUGAUGAAGGAUGGAUUACUGAAGAUAAUAUAAAAGAUAUAAUAAAAAAUGAUCAAGAUGAUACUGAACAAGAAGCCAAAGUUGGUUGUAUUACUACUGACUAUGCUUUACAAAACGUUAUCAAACAAAUUGGACUGUCUAUUGUUGCUCUAGAUGGACGUGUCAUUAAAGAAGUCCGUACUUAUAUAAGACGCUGCUAUGGGUGUUUUACAUUGACAUCAAAUAUGACAAGAAUGUUUUGCCCUAAGUGUGGUAAUAAAAGCUUGAAACGUGUAGCUGUAUAUCUGGACGAAAAUGGCAAACAAUGUAUAUACAUAAAUGGUAAACGACCAUUAAGUACAAAAGGUAAAAAGUACUCAUUACCAAAACCACAAGGUGGUAAACAUGCAAUUAAUCCAAGGUUAGUAGAAGAUCAACCAAUGCCACAUCAACGGCCAUCUAGGUUAGCUAAAACCAAAACCAAUGCUUUGGACCCAGACUAUACAGCUGGAUUAUCUCCUUUUGCCACUAAAGACGUUUAUUCAAAAUCGGCAAUGCUUGGUUUUAAAGGCUCGGUGCAAAAACAAUGGAUGAAGAGAAAUCCUAAUGAAUCAAAUAAAAAAUGUAAAAAGUAAAUUGUGUUAAAAUUAAAAAUAAAUAGCUAAUGAUAUAAGUAAAA